GCGGAGCUAAAAUGAACGUGAGGCGGAAUAAGAGCGAAGCAUCAAAGCAGAGAAGCUCCGUAAAACCGUCCCAACUGCCGCCGGUUCCCCGCGCAGUGUGUCAAUGUUUGAGAGGAGUUGAGGCUUCAAAAAUGUGACCAAUACCAGUAAAGACAGGCUCGAUGUCUUUGUCUCAUCUGCACACCAGCGCAGACUCGACGGUCCAGCCAUGCUGCAGGAGGAUGGCUGCUGCACAGCGGAGCCGGACAGAACCGAGGCCCGUCUGCGGGAGCCCCUCAUUCUGGAGAGGGCUGAAGGAGAACCGCAGACAAAAUGGCACGUGGCGGUGUCGCAGCGGCUGAAGAAACACUGUUCCUGCACCCCACAAAAGGCCAAAUCCAAAAUCUUGGGCUUUGUCCCGAUCCUGCAGUGGCUGCCACGUUACCAGCUCAGGGACUGGAUUCUGGGGGAUGUCAUGUCAGGGGUCAUUGUAGGAAUCCUGCUGGUCCCACAGUCCAUCGCUUACUCCCUGUUGGCCAGUCAGGACCCCAUAUAUGGACUCUACACGUCUUUCUUCUCGUCCAUCAUUUACACCCUCCUGGGGUCCUCCAGACAUAUCUCCGUGGGCAUUUUUGGAGUUCUCUGCCUGCUUGUGGGGCAGGUUGUGGACAGAGAAUUGGCUUUGGCAGGAUAUCUGACAGAGGGCGGGGUCAGCGGCGACAACGCCACCGUCUUCCUGUCUGGCUGGGGGAACAACAGCGACGGACAAAUAUGUGACAGGAGCUGCUAUGCCAUCACAGUGGGAGCUACUGUCACAUUCACUGCUGGGAUUUAUCAGGUGUUGAUGGGCCUUUUGCAGAUCGGGUUCGUCUCGGUCUACCUCUCGGAUUCCCUUCUCAGUGGCUUUGCCACGGGAGCCUCCCUGACUAUCCUCACCUCGCAGCUCAAGUACCUCCUGGGCCUGAAGAUCCCAAGGCCUCAGGGCUGGUUCGCUCUGUUUAAGACCUGGUACGGUCUGCUCACCAACAUCGGAAAAACCAACAUCUGUGACCUCAUCACCAGUCUGCUGUGUUUGGCAGUGCUAAUCCCUGCAAAGGAGCUCAAUGACCGCUUCAAAGCCAAGCUAAAGGCUCCCAUCCCCUUUGAACUCUUUGUGGUCAUAAUCGCUACUCUGGCCUCUCACUUUGGCCACUUCAAUGCUGAAUAUGGGUCAGGGGUGGCUGGUGCAAUCCCCACUGGCUUCCUCCCUCCCCAAAUGCCAUCCUGGUCACUCAUCCCCAGCGUGGCGGUAGACGCCUUCUCCAUUGCCAUUGUGGGCUUCGCCAUCACCGUCUCUCUGUCAGAGAUGUUUGCCAAGAAGCACGGCUACAAGGUGGACGCCAACCAGGAGAUGUACGCCAUCGGCUUCUGCAACAUCCUGCCCUCCUUUUUCCGCUGCUUCACCACCAGCGCUGCUCUGACAAAGACUCUCGUCAAAGAAUCCACGGGGUGCCAGACUCAGAUUUCUGGGCUGGUCACUGCUCUCGUUCUGCUGCUGGUGCUUCUGGUCAUUGCUCCUCUCUUUUUUUCCCUGCAGAAGUGUGUUUUAGCCGUCAUCAUCGUGGUGAAUCUACGUGGCGCUCUACGAAAGUUCCUCGAUGUUCCCAGGAUGUGGCGUGUCAACCGAGUGGACGCCUCCGUCUGGCUCAUAACCAUGGGAACGUCGGCGCUGGUCAACACUGAGCUCGGCCUCCUGGUGGGGGUUUUGGCUUCGGCCUUCUUUGUCCUGGGGAGAACCCAGCGAGCUCAGAUCCUGGAGUUGGGCCGGGCUGAUACCAGGGAGCAUUAUGAAGACGCGUCGUCUUACCGGGGUCUCCAGGUGCACCCCAAAGUGGCUGUUUUCAGGUAUGCAGCGCCGAUCUACUACGCCAACCAGAGCUUGUUCAAAAAAUGCCUGUAUAAGCGCAUCGGGCUGGAUCCAGUGAAGGAGAAGGCUCGCCGUGUCAAGUUCAGCAAGAGCAAGCACCAGGAAGAGAACGGAGGGAAAUCAAACAUGAAGCCAGAGGAGAACCGUCCUGAGGCAGUGACCUUAAUGCUUGACCAGGAGUCGUCCAGAAAACUUCACAGUUUAGUGAUUGACUGCAGUGGCGUCUUGUUUUUGGACACCGCCGGGGUCAAUGCUCUGAAGGAGGUCCUCAAAGAUUACGGCGAGGUUGGAAUCAAAGUGGUGCUGGUCCAGUGUAAUCCCUCCGUCCUGGACUCCCUGGAAAGAGGAGGUUACUUCAGCAGUAAAAACGACGGUGAUGUUGGAAAAAACAACAUGAUUUUCUUCACCAUCAGUGACGGGGUACAAUACGCUCAAAGCCUCGCCACUGCUAAUGGGGAUUUUGGUAGCCAAGGCUAAGUUCCACAUCCAUUCACAUCCAUGUUUACUGCUCAGGUCUCACAUACUGCCAAAGAUCUCACUGAUUGUGCCUUAAUGAGUUUGUGGUGGAAGUUGAAGCCCUUGCAUAUGUUACAGUUCACUGCAGUUUGAGUCUGCGGGACAGAAAAGCACUUAGUGUUCCAGGAGAAACUUUACUCUGUAGACCAGGUCUGCAUUUAAGCUUUAAAAGAGUGAAUGAUGGGAACUGUUAUUAAAGCUGCUACAGUAAGACAUAAAGGGGAUAUUUUUACAGAGUUUUGUCUAAACUUUAACCAGCAAAGAAAAGCUUUUUCAGAAAAUCCCCUGAAUAUGUUUUAGUUUCAAUUGGACUUAACCCUUGUGCUAUCUUAGAUGACCCCCCC